UGCACCAGCUUCCCCAUGGCUCUCAGCAAGGCUCUAAAGUCCUCCAGGAAAGAAGACCCACCACCUUCACCCCCAUCCAGAGCCUCCCUUCCUCCAUGGCACCUCCAACCAGCACAUUUCCCACCCCCAGGGCUGCCCAAAGCUGCAGUGAUCACAGAGAUGAAGGUGAUGAUGGUGGCCAACCUGGCGCGGAUGUGCGGCCUACGAGAAAACGACGUCGUGUACACGACGCUGCCGCUCUACCACUCGGCUGGGCUCCUCAUUGGGGUGGGAGGCUGCCUCGAGGUCGGAGCCACCUGCGCCCUGCGAGCCAAAUUCUCCGCCUCCCAGUUUUGGGACGACUGCCGCCGCUACAACGUCACCGUCAUCCAGUACGUGGGGGAGCUCAUGCGCUACCUCUGCAACUCCCCCAAGCGGGCCAACGACCGGGAGCACGGCGUGCGUUUGGCCAUAGGCAACGGCAUGAGGGCGGCGGUGUGGAAGGAGUUCCUGCAGCGCUUCGGCCCCGUCUCCAUCAGCGAAUUCUACGGGGCCACCGAAGGCAACGCUGGCUUCAUCAACUACACCGGCAAGAUCGGGGCCGUGGGAAGGGCCAACGUGUUCCUCAAGGUUUUCACUGGCUUUGAGCUGAUCAGGUACAACGUGGAGCAGGAUGAACCUGUACGCAACCAAGAUGGAUUCUGCAUCCGCGUCCGCCCCGGUGAGACGGGGCUGCUGGUCAUCAAAAUCACCUCCAACACCCCUUUCCACGGCUACGCGGGCGAUUCCCAGAAGACAGAAAAGAAGAUUUUGAGGGACGUCUUUGUGAAAGGCGAUGCCUUCUUCAACAGCGGCGACCUCCUCGUGAUGGACCGCGAAAGAUUCCUCUAUUUCCAGGACCGCGUCGGGGACACCUUCCGCUGGAAAGGUGAGAACGUGGCCACGACAGAAGUGGAGGCCACACUGGCCAUGGUGGAUUUCAUCCAAGAGGUCAACGUCUACGGGGUGGCUGUGCCAGGUGAGUACCAGGCAGCGCAGGGACCAAAACGGGGACCCAGUGAUGCUUCAGUCACACCAUGUGGGGCUGAGAAACCCCCCAAGAAGGCUAAAGCAAGACUUGCUGCCUCAAAAUAGGAGCCCGCUGUCGUU